UCCGUUGGCCAGCUCGAGCGCAGUCGCGCGCAUUCGUUCGUAGUCUCGCUGAUUGUUCAGGCAUCGUCGUUGAAGGACACAUUCUCAGCACGACCGGGUGUCUUCGAGGAUGCGGCAAAGGCAGCGCAACACCGUACGGCUUGUCCUUAUUUGGCUCGCCACAUUCAUAACGUUCGCCAUCGUUGGUAUCAGCCUUUCCAUCACCACCAACCCCAUCUACUUCUUGCUCGUCAUCGUCGGCGUCCUCAUGUCCACACUUGUCACUGAGUACUACCAGUCUGAGCAGAGCAGAGCGUCCGGGUCGGAGAACACCUGCGCACGUUUGUGUCGAGCCAGGCUGGAGACUCACUCGCCCGUCUACGUGGAAGAGAAGGCCACUUUCUACCCGCUCGUCCACGCCUUGCACAGUGCCCAUUCAGAGCCUUGCUUCUGUAAUACGGCCUGCAGCUCCUCCAGUAGUGUCUCUGCAGUACCGCUGCGAAGAUCCUGCUCGUCUCCGAGGGUUUACCAGCAGUGGGUCAACAACAGGAGCAGGGCUCCGACCGUGGAGUUUGCGCUGGAGCAUGUGAGAGCGGAUGACGUCUUGUGGGAUGAACCCCGCUGCGAGCAAGUUGAGAGCGUCAGCUACCACAAGCCUUACAUCUGUUACGGAACCCGUACAUUCGGCCUCUAUGUACAUGAUUCAAUUGGUAGUUCCCUUUCGUCAUCACAGAACAGGGUUGAGAAAGAUGAGAAAGAUGACAGAGGAGGGAAAGCCACUGAUGACAAACCACAGCCCAACGAGAAAACACGUCCAGCGGACACUGUCAUUGACAUGGCUGGCAUUGAAGAGUCCGAAGACUUCAAGCCCAGCGCUCCUCCACGGGAAGCGAUCGAGCAGGAAGACACCGACUCCAAGGAGAUCGAACCACGUCUUGCGCCGUUAAGAACAACAUCGUCACGUCAGACGAACGUUUCCUCGGGCUCCAGGAAAAAAGAGGGAGCAAACGGAAAACAGAAGCGCCGGCUGCUCUGGAACAUGUUCGCUCCGGGAGAAGACAAACCCGUGCUGAAAGACGUGCGGAGCGAUGUGUCCAGCUCUAGUGGACCGUCGGUCGAAGAACCGGCGCUGACGCGACCCAACAGCAUCGCUAGCGCACCCGAGUAUCGCAAAGUGGUUGCCACCAUCCAGAAGAACAUUCGGGAAGGCCGCCGUCGAAAGGAUGGCGGGAAGGAGAACGCCGAGAGUGCUUCACUCAGUCGUGGGAAGGAACGUCCUGCGAGAGCGUCCUGGAGUAAGGGGCAGCAAGAAGUGAAGAGCUCAAGCAGAUCAACUUUGGAUUCUUCAGUCGAUGAUCUCGCGUUAGCAAGUCACAACCCUACGAUUCGAACGGCUCUGCCUGGUGCGACCGCAGUGGCAUCGUCGGAAAAGUGGCCGGAAAGCCCUAGGGAACGUUGGGAGUCUGAGGACCUAGCUCGUGCAUCACUCCAUAAGACGCUCGUUGGAGACCCCCGUCAGGAGAUGGCCGUGAUGGGGGAAGCGACGCCAGAGGAAGACGCCCCGAUCGAAUUCCUGAAGGAAGACUUGGUGGAAGCUCCUGAUGAAAACCCUCGACCCUUAAGCCCCAGCGCACUGCGCCAAAAGGGCAGCCAGACUUCUAUGAACGCCUUAACUUCAAUCGGUGGCAGCACCGGAGGAGGCCAGGCCUUUCAGCUACCUCCGUGGGUGAAGGCGGAGCACGUCGAGGUGACGGUCAUCAACAACCCCCAGCACGAACCCUCCUCGAGUCGCUUCCCGGCUUCAGAGAGCUCGCCGUCUGCUUCAAAGUCCGUGCAGGCCUCUUGUAAAACCUCAAAUGCCGCAGUCCAGAUCCAGGAGGACGGCGACGGGAAGGUCAAGGGCAAGAGAAAGUUUCGCUUCAUACCCCGCUUUCUCAAGAGGAGAUCCAAGAAGUACAAGCACCUCAAAUGAGGUGUGGUCUCAUAGUGAUGAUUCGUGGCGGUCGUCACUUGGCUACGCAAAAUGUUAAUGAUUGAAACGGACUUUAUAUAUGCGGGAUAUUAAAUCACAGAAGUAUCACUACAGCGUACUGUCCUGUGAAUCACA